AUGCUCGGAAACGGUACUGCUGUCCCAUUAGGUUCAGGUUCAGGUUCAGGUUCAGGUUCGCCGUUGGCGCCAGAUGAAGGGUUCAUCGAGGAGGAUGCCGUAGCUGUGCAACACCACCUCCUCGCCCACUCACACUCCGACUCCAACCACCCCGAGCCCGCUGCGACCACGAUGGAAAACUCGAACCCAGGCUCCGCGUCACGCUCGGUGCACGACACCGAAGAGUUGGCGUAUAAGCUUCUGGCAUCGCUGCCUCGCUCGCGGUUGGCUACCAUCCAAAGACGCAUCGCGCCGCUGCUCCAAUUUGACGUUGUCGGAUGUCUACCGACGGAAGUCUCGCUCCAGAUCUUUGGGUAUCUGCCGUAUACGACGCUGCUGGCAUGUGCGCUUGUGAGCCGGCGGUGGCAGGCGCUCGCGAAUGACCAGUCGUUGUGGAAGGCGCUCUGCCAGGCCCGCGGGUGGACAUGGCGCCAUGUCCCGCGGUCGCACGCGUACAAUCGCAACUUUGCCGACUGGGACAAUUCGGAUGAUGAGGGCAUGGGCGACUCAGAUGAAGAGGAGGAGGAGGAAGAAGAAGAAGAAGAAGAGGAUGGGGAGGGUUCAGAUGAAGACGGCGAUGACUUUACCUUCCACGCGCCCAUGAUCGACAGCGUAGAGGCCGCCAAAGCAGAGCUGACGCUCAUGCAGGCCGAGCUCGACUCGGGAUUCGCAUCCAUCGCGGCGUCCAUCGCGAACCUGAGCGUCAAUUUGAACACGGUGUCCUCUAUCGAGACGUCCGUUGCCUCCUACCCGAGCAUGCCCUCCUCAAGCAAAGCCUCCUCAUCCCGCGCGACCCUCCUCCCGCUUCCCAACCACCCACCAAUACCACACCACACCCGUCUCACCGCAGCCGUCGCCGCGCGGCACCAAAACCGCUACUCCGCGCCGUCCGUAUUGCAAGACUUCUCCACCGCAAAGCCAAACUACAAGCUGCUGCACCAGACGCACAUCAAGCUGCGGAACCGCGUGCUCGCGUCGUCGUACCGGCUGUCGCCGCUGCAGACGCGGGCAGGCGCGCCGGCGACGAACACGCACACGAGCCAUGUGUACUGUUUGCAGCUGUACACGUACCCGGAGACGGGGCGGCAGGUGCUGUUCACGGGCUCGCGCGAUCGGACGGUGCGCGAGUGGAAUUUGAGCACGGGUAUGGUUGAGCGUGUGAUUGCGGACGUGCAUAAUAGCUCGGUGUUGAGUAUAUGUGUGCAUAAUGGGUACCUGGCGAGCGCGGGCAGUGAUCGCAAGGUCGCGCUGUGGCAUUUGGAGACGAAUAAGUUGGUCAAGGUUCUUACGGACCAUGAGGAGAGUGUGCUUUGUGUUAGGUUUGACGACCGCAGACUGGUGUCGUGUUCGAAAGAUCGCACUGUCAGAAUUUAUUCAUUCCCAGAAUUAGAACAGCAAUUUGUUUUGAAUGCUCAUCGAGCGGCUGUCAACGCUGUUUCGAUAUCAGACACUUAUAUUGUAUCAGCCUCGGGCGACCGUUCAGUGAGAUUAUGGGACGCUGAAACAGGCAAACUGCUACGAACGUUGAAUGAUCAUCACACUCGAGGAAUCGCCUCGAUCGAUUUCUGCCCACCUUUCGUCGUCUCGGGUUCUUCAGACAAACACGUCCGCCUCUUUGACAUGCACACACAGCAAGGCUGGUCGACAGACCCCAAAUUCGGACCCGACGACGCUACCACCAGCGCCUCAGCACUCCAUUUCGCCUCGGACGGGAGCGCGCACAGCGGCAGUAUAAGCAAUGGGGGGCUGAUAUGCCAAAUCUGCGGUAGCAGCAGCAUAGAAUCAGCGUUUUCUGUGCAUAGGGGCCCGCCGGAUCGUUAUGGACAUACUGGUGGCGGAUGCCAUCACAGUGAUCUUGUGCGGACGGUGGCUCUAGGAGAGGACUUUGUGCUGAGUGGUAGUUAUGACCUGAGUGUCAAGGCAUGUACAUUUUGUGCUGUAAUGGGAUUUUUGCACGUUGCAGGAACGAAAAUUGUUGAUGCGGAAGGAAAGGAGGUCAGACUUCAUGGUGCUGGUCUCGGAGGCUGGAUGACGAUGGAGAACUUUAUCUCGGGAUAUCCUGGGUGCGAAUAUCAAGUGCGUGAGGCGCUCGCGGAGACGAUUGGACAAGAAAAGGCAGAGUUCUUCUUUGACAGGUUUCUAGAGCACUUCUUUGCUGAGCCAGAUGCGCAAUUCUUCAAAUCUCUCGGGCUGAACUGCAUCCGGAUCGCGGUUGGCUAUCGCCAUUUUGAAGAUGACAUGAACCCUCGUGUGCUGAAAGCUAACGCUUUCAAGCAUCUCGACAGGGCAAUAUCCAUCUGCGCCAAGCACAACAUCUAUACUGUCAUCGACAUGCACACCGCGCCUGGGGGCCAGAGCGGCGGGUGGCACGCGGACGGUGGGUCGCACAUCGGCUACUUUUGGCGGCACAAGGACUUCCAGGACCGGCUCGUCUGGAUAUGGGAGCAGAUCGCGGCGCGGUACAAGGACAACGAGUGGAUCGCGGGCUACAACGUGCUCAACGAGCCUGCCGACCCACACCCGCAGCAUGCGUCGCUGAUCGCGUUCUACGACCGCGCGCAUGCCGCUAUUCGCGCGGUGGACGCGAACCAUAUUCUCUUCCUGGACGGGAACACGUAUGCUACUGACUUUACAAAGUUUCCUGAGGAUGCUGGGCAGCGAUGGAGUAAUACUGCGUAUGCUUUGCAUGACUAUGCGGUGUUUGGGUUUCCUAGUUCUCCUGAGCCAUAUGAGGGCACGCCGGCUCAGAUUGAGAGGAUGGAAAAGACGUAUCAGAGGAAGCGCGAGUGGAUGGACAAGCGUGGGUUGUGUGCUUGGAACGGCGAGUGGGGCCCUGUGUAUGGAAGAAUCGAAUACGAUGGCGACGAAACGGACGCGAUCAAUAAGCGAAGAUACGCUGUGCUCAAAGACCAGCUGACAAUCUACAAGAAGGACGGACUGAGCUGGUCAAUUUGGCUCUACAAAGAUAUUGGGUUUCAGGGUAUGGUGUACGUCUCAAGGGCCACGCCUUACAUGCAGCGCUUCGAAGAAUUUCUUCGGAGAAAACAGCGGCUUGCAGUGGAUGCUUGGGGCAAAGACGACAAGCAUGUCAAACACAUCUAUCAACCUCUCAUCGAUCUCAUCAAGAACUCAGUAGCUGAUCCAUCUCACCUCAAACUGUACCCACCUAUUUGGAGCGUCGAGGAGCGAGUGACGCGUAUAUCGAGGACCAUUCUUGUAGCUGAAUUCAUGGUCAAGGAGUGGGCAGACACAUUCCGAGGGCUCGAUGAGGCGCAAUUGGAAGAUCUCGCCAAGAGCUUUGCUUUCGAAAAUUGCAUCGAACGCGAUGAGCUAAACCAGGCUCUGAGGGAAUUUUCCUCGAUCUCAUAG